AGUUGUGAAACUAUCUAAGUAUGCGUCAUUUUAGAAAGAGACGUAAAAAUAUGUGGAAUUAUGAUAAAACACUGAUAUCAGACAAUGGAGUAUUUUAUAUCGAAAACAAAUGUGCUAAACUACAAAAUGUCGCAACAAGCAUAGGAACAUAUUGUUCAUAGUGUAUUAAAUAGUGUGGAAAUUAUAUAUUGGAAAGCUCUUUAUUUACGUUACCCUUUCACAGGAGUUAACUGCUUGUUCUCUUAACCAUUCUUUGAAGAAUUACACAGGGAUUAAAAUAGAAGAUCAUAUACUGAGAAAAAAGGAUAUACUAAUGUUAAUGUCGGUCGAUUCUAAAUACUUAUGGCAAUAUAGAAUAGAAAAGUGUUUAUUUCACAUGAAGUAAAAAGUGUUCAUGGUGAUUCUGAAACGAUUGUGAAAUGGCUGUUGCUAUGUGUGGCAUGACACAUUUUAUUAACAAAUACUUUGUAGAGUGACCACACAGAUGGGUUAGUGUUAAUGAAUGCGUGUGCAUUGAGAACAAAAUGUUGUAAUGAGAGGAACUGUUUCAUAUCAUUUUCUAUCUAUCUUUUCCCAGAUGAUUUCCUGAGAACUGUGUAAUGGCUGCUUCAACAAGUCGCGCCAGGGAAGACGGUAUAACGGCAGUACAGAGUAAAGCCGCUGACGACGAUGUAGUCGAAAAUGGAGGAAUAAGUCCGCCGCUCUCUGUAAAGACAGACGAUGAUGCUUGCUCAGAAAUAAUUCGUAUUGAACAAGAAGCUAAAGAUGAUAAUGAUAAUACUGCAGUAGGACGGAUUGUUAAAACAGUACAGGUUAUCAAAGCAUGGGCUUCCGGUCGCCUUCGGGGAACCCGUCCCCUUCCGCAACGCCCAGAUUCGUUCCUGGAGCGGGUCGCUAUGGGUGGAGCUAAUGAAUCCAGAUCACAUACCCCUGAAAGACGAACGAGAAAAAUAUCAGACAUUAAAUACUGGAAGGGUUUUGUCGUUGACCCGUCAGACACAUUCUAUUACCGAUGGUUAUUUUUUGUGUCAUGCGCAGUCAUGUACAAUGUGUUGUUUAUUAUCUCGCGCAGUGUAUUUGGUGAACUUCAAGAUAGUUACCUCCCGUUGUGGCUUACCUUGGAUUACCUUAGUGAUAUAAUGUAUAUCAUGGACAUGUUUGUGUCUUCAAGAACAGGCUAUUUAGAAGAGGGCCUGCUUGUGACAAAUCCACAGAAAUUGAGAAAGAACUACAUUAAGAGCACAAAUUUUAAAAUGGAUAUUAUCAGUAUACUUCCAACAGACAUCUUAUAUAUCGUUACUGGAUUUAAUAUACCAGAACUUCGAUUUAAUCGAAUUUUCAAAUUUGGAAGAUUAUUCGAAUUUUUUGACCGGACGGCAACACGAACAAGCUUUACAAAUUUGUUUAGAAUAAUGAACCUUGUGCUGUAUAUAUUAAUUAUUAUUCACUGGAACGCAUGUGUUUACUUUGCAAUAUCACACGCAAUAGGUUUCGGAACCGACAAAUGGGUUUAUCCAAAUUCUUCGCUGCCAGAAAAUAGACCUUUGACCAGGAAGUAUAUAUACAGCUUCUACUGGUCAACGUUGACCUUGACAACCAUUGGUGAAACACCGAAACCAGAAAGAGACAUUGAAUACCUCUUUGUUGUUGUAGAUUUUCUCAUUGGAGUGCUCAUAUUUGCUACCAUUGUCGGUAAUGUUGGUUCAAUGAUAACCAAUAUGAACGCUACUAGGGCCGAGUUCCAGCAGAAAAUGGAUGGUGUAAAACAAUAUAUGGACUUCAGAAAAGUUUCCAAGGAACUAGAACAGAGAGUUAUAAAGUGGUUUGAUUAUUUGUGGAUUAAUAAACAAUCGUUGAAUGAAGAGGAGGUAUUGUCCGCUUUACCGGAUAAACUCAAAGCGGAGAUAGCAAUACAUGUUCAUUUAGAAACGUUGAAAAGAGUGGCCUUAUUUCAAGACUGUGAGCCGGGCUUACUAGUAGAAUUGGUGCUGAAAUUAAAGUUGCAGGUGUUUAGUCCAAUGGAUUACAUAUGCCGUAAGGGUGAUAUUGGCAAGGAAAUGUAUAUUGUGAAACGCGGACAACUUGGUGUUGUUUCUGACGAUGGAAAAACUACGUUUGCUACUCUGAGUGAAGGGAGUGUGUUUGGUGAAAUAAGUAUUUUGAAUAUUGCGGGCAAUAAGAACGGCAACAGGCGCACAGCAAAUAUUAGAAGUGUUGGUUACUCAGACCUAUUCUGUCUUUCGAAAGACGAUCUUUGGGAGGUUUUGAAUCAAUACCCUGAGGCAAAGAAAAUUCUAAUAGACAAGGGUAAGAAAAUUCUUAGAAAAGAUAACCUGCUUGACGAGGAUCUCAUGGAAAAAAUGGAACAGCAAGAGGAAACGACGGAGCAAAAGCUCGAACGGAUUGAAAACAGUUUAGAUACAUUGCAGACAAGAUUUGCAAGGCUUUUGGCUGAUUUUAAUUCAACUCAACAGAAACUGAAACAACGAAUUACGCGAGUUGAGAAAACACUUCCCAAAGAUGCUGAUGCUGUAUCCAACACAUCUUAUUUAGACACGUGAGAAGUCCGCACGCAUGCGUAAUGACGGAAUUUAGAACCGAACUGGGCACAGCAAUUGUGAGGCCUAAUUAAUGACAAAAGAAGAUGAUUGUGUUGGAAGAGAAGUUGAGCUCAUAAGCUUUGAAUGUUUUGGAAUAUUGCUGAAAUGUAAAGCGGGUUUUUGCAUGAUCAUACAUAGCAUACAAACAUAUUCCCAUUCUACUGUGACAGAUUUAUUCGAAAGCAAUACAUACUGUUAAUCGUUCAGGAGAAAUAGGAGCGCUUAUGCAUGGAAGAUGUUGAGGAAGGCUUGGUAAAAGCAUUGAAUAUACUUUUAAUUAUUCUAAAGGAAGUAUAACCAGGCCUGUACUUCGAAGAAGUGAUUGAAAUUACACACGCAUAUAAGAACGUCAAUGUUUUGCUAGUGUAUUGGAUAUACAUUACAAUCUGGUGCAGUAUCAAAUCAAAUUGAAUGAAAAAUUAUGGCUAAACAACCUAUUUUCAAUAGGUACUGGGCAUUUUGUCAAAAGAUGCAAAAGUAUGUUAUAAGGUAUAUUUUUUUCCACUGAAGUUCUAUAAAAAAUAAAUGGUGGGAAUGCGGUGCGUUUGCAUUUAACUUGUGUUGGAAUGGGAUUUUUAUACAGAGAAGUGUAUAGGGUAAUCGAAGUGAACUGAACAGAGAAUUGUGUAUACUGUCUUAAGUAAUCGAAAGUGGUGAAAUUUGUCAAAAUGCAUAAAAUAGUGUUUGAUAAAGUAGUUGCGCCAUUGAACUCGGAUUAAAGAAUUGCACAAAUUGGAAAAUUUGACUGUUUCCAGGGCCUCUUAUAGAAAUUAUGUUUAACAGCUUAUUCGAUAAAUAAAAUGGCUCAACUUUAGCUUCUGCAAAACUAACACAAUCUGAACUUUACUCAUAGAUAAAAUUUAGCAUGAAUAGAGGGGUGAUUGAUUGCAGGCAGAUAUCUGGUCAAUACCAGACACAUAUAGACGACAAUGUGCUUUAUCUGAAGAAAUGUGAAGAGAGUCCAUCUUGAGAAUUAUUUUGAAACGUUGUAUUUUGUUUGAUUCGUAGUGUAACUGAUUAUGUUACUAAUUAUCUGCUGGCGGAAACAUAUAAACUGCUCAUUUUCGUAUCCAAAAAGCAAAAUACCUUCACAAAACAGAUGCAUUAAUUAAAACCUACUUCGCGUAAAGUUUCAGCUUAUUCGGUUCUUGGUUAGAGGUAAUGGAUCUGUAAUGACGUUCGGCAAUUUCCGUGCGAUGACGUAGUUUCUGCACCCUACUUCGGUAUUCUUCGGCUAUUAAUGUAGCUCAGACAAACACAUUACUUUCCGUACCAGCCGGAAUAUGCCGAAAUAGCAUUCGGAGAAUACGUAAUCAAACGAACUUUGCCGAAUUUCUACGAGCCCACUACCUUAAAUUCGCAUAUAUUGCUAUGUUUGAUAUUCGACUACAUUCCAAAACUUCGCAUGUACGUCGGAGUAAAAGUAAUCAUUAAUAAGAAACUUGCUCUUAAAGGUAAGGACCGAUUAUGAUAAUCACUCAUGUCCGUGAUGUUAUGUAUUUUCACAAUGCUGUUUCGGCAUCCUUCGGUUGUUACAGUUGCUCAAACGAGCACAUAGUUAUCAUGUAUAACCGACGAAUGCUGAAAUCGAAUGCAGAGAUUACUUAAUGGAAAAAAUGGUUGAUUGUAACCAGACAGGAGUAUUUUUCACGGCUUAAAAGAACUGUGUACCAUCAAGUUCCUUCAUUAUGAUUAGAUACUCCAACCCAAUUCAGUUUGCAAAGUUCAUGCAGUGCACACCAUUCCAUUUAAAUUUAUUUUUUAGAAAACUUAUUUUUAAUGCGCUUUAUAUACUUUUCAGACUUUGCAUCAGUAUUUUCCAUAAAAUAUUAUACGGCAAUAUAUCCACUAAAGGCUAAUGAAUUUCAUAACACAGUUCCAUCAGGCCUCGAGCUGGAAGGUAAAACCCUCCCCCACCCCUCUAGGGAUUUUUGUAGACCCCAUUAUUUUUAAGGCCCUUGUCUGUAGAGCAUAUUUCUUAAUUCUACCAUCUGGCAAGUGGGUUCUAUAAUGAAUUACAGCAUGUACUCUACGUUACCUGUCAUUUGUUUUAUAAAAAUACUCGUAUCAGUUAUUUCAAUAGGUUUAAUUGUCAGAAAAUAUCAGUCAUGUCUAAAAUAUAGUAUUUUCAGAUACAUGUAUUUAAGAACUUAACGUUCAACAGUUUUAAGAACAAGUGUGGUACCAUUAUUAUAUACGUUACUAAAAUUCACGAUAUAAUCUUUUCAUUUCUCAGUCAAUAGAUUGUUUAUGUAAUCCUUAUAAUGAUGUUUAGACUUAGAUAAUGCCAGUAUCUCAUCAAGUUCGAACACGUUUGAUAUAAAAAUGCAUGUAGAACAGAACUGACAUUGUAACCUACAUUACUAUACGUUACUGUAAGUUCAUCGUUAGACUGCCAAACCAAUGAAUAUGCCUUCUUAGCUACAGCCAAGUCACAUGUCACAGUGACUGUAGUAUAUUUAUUGCCACCUUCAUUACUGGCAUCCACAGACAUUUGAAAGAUAUGCUGGACUGUAUCAUUAUCAUUCAAAGGUGCACACUCUCUGAAAAUCUUUCAUAUCUUUGUUAUUUAUUUAUUUAUUUAUUUAUUUAUUUAUUUCAUUUUAUUUCUUUUUAUUUUCCUCUCAAUGAAAUUUGUUUCAUUUUACAUGAAAAGGAUUUAUUUGUUAAUCUUGAUUGUAAAUUCAGUUUGAAGAAAAUUAUUAUUAUAUAUUUGAUUUAAUUAGUAAAUUUCGUUAAAUAGAUUUAUAUUUUGUUAUAUAUUUAUUUAUUUUAUCAUAUAUAAUAUAUAUGAUACAUAUUCAUGAAAUUUGUACAUGUUACAUAUCUGUUUGAUCUAAAUAUUUUAUCAUAUCCCAAUUAUUGACUUUUUUUUAAAAUAUCAUGAAUUUGAAACUCUAAUAGUCAAAAAUAUAUUAUUUUUAUCUUCUUGACUAUACAUUACAGCUUACUCUCUCGUAAUAAGUAGAAACAUUUUACUCCUGAUGUAUGUCAAACUCUUAUCUGUUAUAACCACAACUUCUAUUUAUAACAUGGACACCUCAAAAGAAAUAUAAAUUCACAUUUAGUUUUAUUUUCUAUUUUAGUUACGAUGUUUGGCAACGUACAUAUGAUAACUUAAAGCACAUACCUCCUAUAAGUUACACUUUUACCUACAAAAUAUAAAUAUGUAUAUUCUGUCUUCAUAUAUUGACAUAUUGUGUAGCUAGUAAACUAUUUAUGGCUAACUGUAGUGCCAGUCAAUAUUUUCUAAAAAAAUGUUACUGGUAACGUAUAAAGUAGGCUGUAACGUAAAAAGAACCCUACUAUCAGACGGCAGAAUUUCUGGAAUGAUAGCUCAAAUUAUGUACUUUAAGAAAAUCAUAGCGUAGAAAUAUCCAUAGAUUGGGGAGGGGGGUUAUUGUUAGCUUAAUGCCUAUAUAGUUCAACUUUAAAUUUUACUAAAGUUUUUUUCUGGUGUCAGGAAACGAAAUUCUUAGAUCUCGGGCAAUAAUUUCCACUAUUAACCGACAAGCCAUUCAGUACGUGAAUAACAAUUAGAGUAUCAUCCAUAAAUACAGUAACAGAAAAAAGUACAUCAAAUCAUAAUAGUGUUUUAUUAUUAGCUCACACAUAAUUAUAAUAGUGUUUUAUUAUUAGCUCACACAUUGAUAUCCUUACCGUUUCUUCAAAUACAGUAGUAAAUUUAUUUGCCAAAAGUAAUUAGACUACUGAAAAAAACUUCACAAACAGGACAGUGUUAUGCGCUUCUUGAAUGGCUUGCCGAGGGACGAAAAGCAAUUAGCUUUAACCUUUAGCCUGCUGGCGGCAAAUGAUUUUGCCUUUGCGACCAGUGCAGACCAAGAUGGUCUGCACUGUUCGCUAUUCAGUCAGUAAAUUUUCAGUGAACUGUUCGCUAUUCAGUCAGUAAAUUUUCAGUGAAUACGCCUUUAAAUGAUAAGUGAUGCUUCUAAAAUUGAAUGAUGGGCCAGUCUAUUUUAGAAAUUUAGCAGGGUAAGGGUUAACUACUGAUCAGCCAGCUAUUCAAUAAGUAUCUUAUAACAUGACAUCUAUAAUGCAUUUUCAUAUUAUUUGUCGCCAUGUUUUGACUAUAGCUUGCGAUUUAUAUCAGGAGUCAUACAAAAGUACACAACACUACCUCGCUCAAAGUAAAUGUGUAACACCAUUGAUAAUAUACUCUUUUUUCAGAGGAUUGUGGUGUUUCUUGUUAUAAAUCCAAGUCUGGUGUGAAGAACAGUAUGUUUACAUUUACAAAUGUUUCAAAAAUGCAUUUGUCUAAAUUUUCAAACUUUAAUCAUUUUGAGCAGUGUGUGUUGCCAAUAUGUACAUAUUGCAUUUAACUGCUAAUGAACUAGAUCUGGAUUUUUACAUUUAACUAAAAUAACUUUUUAAAUGAAAUACGUUAAUUUGGCUCAUCAUAUCUGUUUCGUCUUUAUGAUCAAUUGUACAUGUUGUACUUAGAAUUACAUUGAAGCAAUUGAAUAUACACAAUAUUUGACUUUUUUUAAUGGAAUGCUUAGGCACUGAUUAAUAUAUAAUGAUUAGUUGCGUGAUUCAGUACAUGCUAUAAAUCGGUAAAAAUGAAAUAAAUGAAAAAAUAAGAAAAUAAAAAAUAAUCAAAUAGGAACUAUUUUCAAUCAAGAUCGUGAUAUAUACCGAAAAUGGUUAUGUUUCUUUGAUAUUUUGCAUAAUCAAGCACACGUCACAAGCAAGCUUUAAGUUACUAGGCAAGAAAGGUUACUACUUUGAAUUCCUUUUACGAGACAAAAAAUGCUAUUUCAUGUCAAUGUUGAAGGUGCACCCGCUUGAUAUUAAUAAAAUGAUUUGUAAUUAUGUAUUUAUUUAUAAAAAGCGCUGGCGCUUUUAAUGACAGAUUUGUUCUGAGUGUGUAAAAAGCUGUAUAAUGUCAAAGUAUUGUUUGUCCGUGAUACAUCCAUCAAUGUUUGACCUGUGAAGUUGAUGUAGAAUAAUCUCAUUUGGGAAAUAGAUUUUAGUUUUGCUUGCUUUGUUGGCAAAUAAAACACGGUUUUGAGUUCAGAUGCGUUGUAAUCUAAUCACAAAGGCCGAAGGCCUUAUUGAUUAAUUACGACGCAUCCAUCCGAACGAAAAACAAACUUGUUUUAUUUACCAACAAAACACGCAAAACUAAAAUCUAUUUCCAUUCUAACACGUUCGAAUUACACCAGGAAGGGAUAUUAAUCUGGAAUCCUUUUUUAGGCGGAAUAGCCAAAAGUAAGUCAUUUUGCGAAACGUAUUUUAAUCGACAAGACAGUACACGGUAAAAUCCUUCUUUGUUUAUAUAAAAGAAAAUCUUAAAAGUGUUAAAAUUAAUGUUGACUCCUAAAUGAGUAAAUAGUUUAAACUAUAUUGUUCUCAUAGCAUGUAGACACGUGUAUGGUUGAAACUGAUUCCUUUGGUUAUUUAAGCUAUCAUGCACUUAUCUCGAUCUCAUAUCUAAAAUGAUUGUGGGAUGUCCUUGGAGAUCCGAGUCCAAAGUUAUUUAAAACAGAAAACAAGGAUCAUCAAAACGCAUUACUUUUCGGAAGUGUCAGAUCUUAACAAGCUGUCACAAAGCGUUAUAUUACAAAUAGACUCAUCUCAUAUAUCUAGCACCUGAGCUGCUGCUUCUCGCGAUAUCGCCAGACUAUACCAGUGACAACUAGCGUUAUUUGAUUAGUUGGAAAAUUGAAUUACCUGAUGUUUGUAACACACAAAAAUAAUAAGAAUAGUAUCUAUUAGCUUUCGUUUGUUUUCACAGGUACAAGAUAAGCAUACAGUACAAAAAUUAUUCUAAAAACUAUCCGUCGAGUAAUCAGGUAAUGGCUAGUUUUAAUAUUUUUGUAUUCAGAAGUAAACAGCAGUAUGUAAAAAGAGUUGUCGUUCUUUUAAAUUUUUAAUCUUUUCAAAUGGUUUCUUACAGUUUUAAUUUAUCAAAUACGUGGCACAUUUGAUACAAGAUAUAUGCAAGUCGUCUAGUCUGAACAAACAACCAGUCUAGUAUGAACAAACAACCAGUCUAGUAUGAACAAACAACCAGUCUAGUAUUCGGUAGAGGGUCCUUCAUUUAAAACAGGUCAGUUGAAAUUUCAGAGCGUCUUGUUAUUUUUUGACUGUCUGGUUAAAAGCAAACAAAUUGUUAAGUUUGAUAUGAGCCGCACCAUGAGGAUGCGCAGGCAGGUCUGGAUCCAUGCUGGUCGCAAAUGCACUAUGUUGGUUUUUUCAUGUCGCGGCUCAAAUGUAUCAUUUGAAGUUCAUGAGAGCAGCUCUCAUUUCUGACAAUGCAGUUAUUUUACGUGAGGUGCGAAUAUUGGGUCUUGCUUAACUUUUGUAGAAGAUUUUACGAAUGCGAUCUAGCCGGCAUACUUUGGGAUCAUGGAGUCGAUUUAAGUUUACUUUAUACUAGAAUUCGGCUUAAUAAUGUCCGUGUGAGGGGUGUUGCACAUCUAAUAACCCAUUAGGACUUUCUUACAAAUUCAUUGAGAACCCUGAACAGAAUACACGCUUAAACUUGGCGACCAAGUUUUACAAAAAAUCCUCGGUGCAAACAUUAGCUUUUCCCGCAACGAAGAUCAAAAUAGUGCCGUUUAUCGCAAAGUAAAAUACGCGGUGAUUGCUAAUACUAGUACCUAACAGCGCAUGCGCGAUAUUUUUCUUCCUGUUUUAACUGAAAUUUAAUAGUUUGAGUAAUAUCUACAUAUCAUGGCUUUUAUUUCAUUUGUCUUUUAUUUCCAGACAUAAUUCGUAUGUUAGGUAGUUACGGUAACAGAAACGUUUUAGGAAUAUUCAUGAUUAUUACACAUCAAGAAUCACCUUCAUUUUCGACAUAGCUAUAUUUAUGAAUUUACGUUAGAUUUACAAGUGCGUAUCAUUUUUAUGUCUAUUACUUUUAAAAAAUGCGAUACUGUUGUUACAU